GGGGCCGCUGCCAGCUGAUCACUCGCCUCACUUUCCGACGGAAAGCCCGGGUCGCUGUUGCCUCUCCCCAGGACGCUGUGGCCAACGGCCGGCGGACCGAAGGAUGCAGAGAAACUCCAGCUCCCGUAAAAACAUCUACCACUAGCAGCGCCUCUCAACAGUCACCGCAACCUGAUGCAAGAAAUUCCAACAAGAACCACCGUCACCACUCCUUACAACUUCAUCCUUGUUUCCGCGCGCUUUCUGUAGAGUCUUCUCUCAUCUCCUUCGUUUGAAAGUACAAGAAGCCGCCCCCCUCCCCCCUCCAAGAUGGCAGAGAAGAAGAAGUUGGAUCAUCACCAGCAGGUCCCGGAUGGAGGGUACGGCUGGCUGGUGUGUUUCAUGGCGUUCAUCUCCCAAGGCGUUCUGUUCGGCAUCCAGAACUGUUUCGCCAUCACCUACUCCGCACUCACCGACAACUUUCCUGACGCUAACGCUUUCACCAUAGCAUGGAUCGGGUCUCUGAACUGGGGAAUGUUCUACAUGGCCAGUCCUUUCGCCGGUAUCUUCGUGGACAAGAUCGGCUGCCGCAAAACCGCCUUCCUCGGCGGCAUCAUCUGCUGUGUCGGCAUGAUCUCAGGGUCCUUCGUCCCCCGCAUAGAGUACCUGUACCUCACCUACGGUCUCAUCGUAGGUACCGGGAUCGGUCUAGCCUACGUCCCCUCCCUCAUCAUUCUAGGACACUACUUCAGAAGACACUUGGGCGUCACGAGCGGGAUAGUCACCAUGGGAAGUAGCGUCUUCACAGCGCUACUCCCCUUCGGUUUAAAACCCGCCCUGCUACAUCUGGGUCUACCCAACACGUUCAGGAUCAUGGGGGGACUGUUCUUCCUGGUGUGUCUGUGCGCUCUCAGCUACCGGCAGGUCCUGCACAGAGACGCCAACCACAACACCACGGACCAGUGCAAUAAGACCAGCGCCAUGCUGAAGGAGGAGGAGGCGGAGGGAGAGCAGCAGAAUCCGCCCAAGAGGAACAAGGUGCACGCCAUCCUGACCAAGAUCGUCAACGUCCGCAUCUGGAAGAACAAGACGUACGUCAUGUGGUGUGGAGGUGUCUUCGUGGCGCUUCUCACGUACUUCGUACCGAUGGUCUUUUUGGUGAAGCACAGCGAGCAGAUUUUCCCCAAGGCGGACGCUCACAUCCUGGUCACGUGCCUGGGAGCAGCCUCGGGAGUCGGUCGGCUCGUCUUCGGCAAGAUUUCGGACCUCCCGAGUAUCGGCAGGAUACGUCUGCAGCAGGUCGGACUCUUCCUGAUGGGUGUAUCAUCACUUCUGGUUCCCCUGUGUUCGGUGUUCCCUGCUCUCAUCGUCAUGGCGGUCUGCCUAGGACUGUUUGACGGAGCCCUCAUGGCCACCCUCGGGCCAGCCUCCAUCGACCUGGUGGGCCCCAGGGACGCGUCCCAGGCCCUCGGCUUCACCCUAGGUCUCGCCUGUCUGCCUCUCAUGGCAGGAAUGCCCAUUGCCGGCCAGAUCUAUGACAUGACCCUGUCCUACAAUGGUGCGUACUACUUCGGAGGUGUCCCCCUGAUCCUGAGCGCCGUCAUCAUGCACUUCGUGGCCAGGCGACAGAACGCAGAGGCUGCGGCUGAGUUGGCGAUCGAAGCUGAUGAGGAGGACGGGAAAUUCCUGACCCCCAAGCGGCAUCUCCCGAAGCUGAACUCGGCUCUGUCCAACAGCCUGGUGUGGCUGCCACAAGACGACAGGAUGGAAGUCGUCGACGUUGUGUCCGUGGUGUGAUGUCGUCACGUCACGAUGUCGUCACGUCACGUCACGUCAGUCUGUGUCGUCAGUGUCCCUCCAACAUGGCCGUUCCCAUCCUGCAUCGCGCGAACACCAUUGCACCGCAAUGCAGCAUGGGAAGCAGGUCGCCCCUGUUUUCAUCUGUUUGGUUUCUAAUCGUUACAUAUCUUGACACUAUUUUAGAUGGCCAUAUAUAAUAUAUUACACAUUUCACAAGGUUCUGUAGAAAUGUUGGAUUGUAAUAGUAUAUAGUGACUCGUUCAAAUUGUAUCAAAGUUUCAUUUUAACCUGUUUGUUAAACAUAUCCAACACAAAGUUAUAUGCUAAUGAAUGCGAUGUCAUUCCAUCUGUCAAAGGUCUGUGACCUCUUUCUUGAAGGAAAGUCUGAUGUAAGCAUGAGAUUUCUAUAUUUUUGGAACGUUUCACUUGUGUUCCAAUUGAUUUUGCCUGUCGGAACAAAUUGUUAAGUUUUCGGACCUGGAAUCGCUAGAACACAUUUGUUUUAAAAUGAUUUUUGAUGAAAAAUUGACACCUUUAAAUACUAAAAAAUGAAAUAAAAUGUGCACAUUCAAACGAAACCUCCUGAUUAUGACGCCAGGACUGUACAGGUCCUCGUGGUCCAGAUUCUGUGACACGAGAAGAUUAUUGGACAGGUGGAAUUCACUCACUUGUGAAGUUUAAAUCGUUUUAUGAUGUUACCAUUGUACUAGUGGUAGUCACAUUGCUAGACCUGUUUGAAUAGCCUCUAACAGGCUUCAGAAGCGGCUAGAAAGUAGCCAGCUGCAGGUAUCCAGUCUAUCGUGGUUGGGAUAGGUCUUCGAUCGGGGCUCUAAUGUUUUCCCCCGUCCAGUUCAACAGAACGCCCGGUAGGAGUGUUCUGUCUGUAAGAGUUUUGCACGCACGAAGUGAUACUCGUCCUGCAAAAUCUACCGGGGAACCUUGCUGAGUCGGGCGGGGAAGAGCUUCUGCAGCCCCGAAGAGAACAUGCCCCAACCACGAUAGACCGGAUACUAGGUUACUGGAAAUAGUAGACACUGGUAAAAUUGCACUCCUUUAGCGGACAAACGUCUCUGUUACGGUAUCUGUCUGUUUAGCUAAUUUCUAGCCUUACCUGUAACCAGUCACUUCUGAAGCCUGGUAGAGGCUUCUGUUUGAAAACCUAUUGACCAAAACUACAGUAA